AUGGAAACAAAGCUUUAUGAAGCAUCAUUAACAGGCGACGUUCAAGCACUCAAUGCACUACUCCAUCAAAAUCAACUCAUCCUUGACAGACUCUCACUCACCGGAUUCAAUGAAUCCCCCCUCCACAUUGCUGCCAUGCGCGACCACCAUCAAUUCGCCACCAUUCUUCUUACCCAAAAUCCAAAGCUUGCUAUAGCCUUGGAUUCCAAAAGGCGAACCCCGCUCCACCUGGCCUCCGCCAACGGUUACCUAGAGAUGGUCCAAGAAAUUGUGAAGGCAGGGGGGCGAGAUGUAUGCUGUUUUCGAGAUCAAGAUGGGCUAACCCCUCUUCACUUGGCAGCAAUGAAUGAACGUUUGGAGGUUGUUAAGGCGCUUGUUCAGGCAAACCCGGAUGCAGCUAAGGAGAUUGCAGAGAGUGGAGAAACCAUUUUGCACAUGUGUGUUAGUUAUAACUGUAUGGAAUCAUUGAAAGUGUUAAUGGAAUUAUGGAAUGAAGAUGAGUUGGCGAAGAUCACAGAUCAUGGUGGAAACACCCUUUUACAUGCUGCUGCUAGCAAUAAACAAACACAGAUUUUAAACUACUUGGUCAGGAUACCAGGCAUCAACGCUAAUGGAAAUGCUGUAAACAAACUUGGAUUAACUGCACUAGAUAUUUUGGAUCAAUGCCCCCGAGAUCUCAAAUCGCUUGAAAUAAGAGAAGUUCUAAUAGAAGCAGGUGUUUUGAGAGCAAAUGAUCUUAGACCAGCUCUUGAAAAACCAUCACAGUCAUUAAUAUUGAAUGCUUCACAGAAUAAAUGGAAAGGGUGGAUAUCAAGAAUAUGGGCUUGGUAUGUGAAUGCUGACCACCAUUGGAUCGAAAAUCAACGUGGGAUUCUGUUGGUUUCGGCUUUAGUGGUGGCGGGGGUGUCAUUCUACUCGGGGAUCAACCCUCCGAGUGGUUUUAUUACAAACACCAAAGAUGGUUCGCUUGGAAACGCAGUUCAGGCAGAAAUAGACAUGGAUAAGUUCAGCAUGUUUGUAGCAAAUAAUUCGGUCACUAUGAUAGCUUCAUUGGCCAUAGUCAUUGUGCUGAUCAGUGGACUUCCGUUAAGGAACAAGUUCUGGAUGUGGUUGCUUACUCUUGGAACCCUGUUAACUAUGGUGUCCAUGGUGUUUAGCUAUUGGAUAUCAUUGAGUAUGAUGGCACCGGAUGGGUAUGUGGAUGGGGCGAGUGUUUGGAUUUGCCUCAUAUGGAUGUCGAGUUGUGGGGUGAUUGCAUUGAUUCAUACGAUCUUUUUCGUAGUUUGGGUGGUUAUGAAGCGGUCAAAGUGUAUGAAGCCAGAGACAAACAGACAAGGCAACCAGGAUGCAGGUGAAGUUUAAUGUUAUUCUAUAGUCUAUCAUUGUUCUUUCAACACAUCCCUUUCAUGAAUUUAUUGUUGUUGCAUACUUGUAUAGUUUGAUGUGUGUAAUAUUUGUAUGGAUAAUGUAAUUAUAUAUGUUUUUAGUAUUUGUAUAUAUAA